AUGGCUGAGUGUGAGCUUUGCAGGGCGGUGAGGGCGAUGGUUUACUGCAAGUCCGACGGCGCCGCCCUGUGCCUGAAGUGCGACAGCUACGUCCACUCCGCCAACGCCGUCUCGCUCCGCCACCUCCACUCUCUAAUCUGCGACCGCUGUUUCUCAGAGCCCGCGGUUGUCCGCUGCCUCGACGAGAAGCUCUCCCUCUGCGAGGCAUGCGACAGCGACGGGUGUUGCCAGUCCCGCCGCGCAAAGCACAACUUUUACAAUGGCUGUCCUUCCGUCGCCGAGCUUUACAAAAUGUGGCCUCUCACUCUCGAGCCCGAGCAUGAAUUUGGUGGUAACGGUAACGAUAACGAGAAUGAGAUUCUACCGUUUGGCACAUGGCCAAUUCCGUCUCCACCUCCACCACCCCCACCGCCUAAAUUUCUGCCGUCGACAUAUGGCAGGGAGUGUGAUAUCAUGUUUUUCGAAUCCGGGUUAGAAAAGAAUUGUGGAGAAAGUAUGAAAGAUUUAUUGAUUACUCAAGAGAAUGAGGAUAUGUGUAGUGUUGACAUUGAUGGGAUGCCAUUAAGCUUUGGUAGUGGCUAUGAAAUGUUUCAAAAUACUCAAGCAAGAUUUCCAUGCGAUGAUGGAGGAUUAACUGCAUUGUUACUAGAGAACAACAAUUCUAUGACAGAAUCCAACAUCACUCAUGAGGCGUCAAUGCCAGCACAGCACGACUGCAUUGGGCUGCAGCCGCCGAGCUUGAUGCAGGGCAUGAGCCCUCCUGAUAUUAGCCUUGGGUUUGGUGCGAACGGGCAAGGCUCACCUAGCUUGCCCCUGAUUAAGGGGGAGAGUAGCGUGUCUGAGUAUCAAGAUUGUGGGUUGUCACCGUUGUUUCUGACGGGAGACUCGCGGUGGGACUCAAAUUUUGAAGCUAUGAGCAGCCCGCAAGCGAGGGAUAAGGCGAAGAUGAGGUACAACGCGAAGAAGAAGACACGGACGUUCGGGAAACAAAUAAGGUACGUGUCACGGAAGGCUAGAGCAGAUACAAGAAAACGCGUAAAAGGCAGGUUUGUGAAGUCAGGGGAGAGUUAUGAGUAUGAUCCCGAAGGAGCACUUUUUGGAUUGGAAGAUGGAGUUGGUGUUGAGGCUACGAGAGAGAUACAAAGAAGAGCAAAGAUAGCAAUCGAUGUUCUAGAGUGGCAGUGA